AUGGACGUUUCCCUGUUCUGCUUGCUGGCUGUUGGACUAGGGCUGCUAUUCAGCAUAGUUGUGUUGGUAGUUGCACUCCUUACAACUCCACAACAAAUACAAGAUCACGCCUGCAAGCUGGAAAACGACAUUCAUGUCGCCAACAUGAAGACACUAAGUGAUGAGAUUACUCUAUCUUCCAAUCAACUUGCCUUGAAGAAAGCAGCCGCAAUGUACCAGGCAUGCGUGGCUUUCGCCUCGUCAAACCGAAUGGAGACGAAAUACCUCGUCGACUGGAUGUUAUCGCUUAACCUCGAUUUCUUCAACGAGACGAGAUUCGCGACUGUGAACCCGGUUGAGAUGAUGGUUCGCGGCUCUCUGGAUCUUGGAGUGCAGGCCGUGGUAGCUAUUACUUUCGGUGAGCUGGAAUUCGUCAAUUCCAAAAGAAAAAUUCAGAGCGAAUCUGUCGGCAAAGACGGGUUGCGAUACCUAGUCGCUUGGAGCUUCUACAGAAAGCUGAUCAAGUACACAGUGCCCCGAUUGCUUCGCAAUUACGUUUCGGCCAACACGGCUUGCUACGGUGAAAUAAAAGAAUUUAUGAACCUGGCGGUCAUGAGCUCCUACUUCACGUCCGUGGUUCCACCACGCAUGAUAUACCAGACAAAGCGCAUGGCGUAUCGAAUUCGCAGCGCCUUCGAGAAAGCCCUGAAUUCCUCAAACUGGAUUGGCCGCGAUAUUCGUGAUGAACUUAUCAACAAGUUGAUCGACGUGACCUUCUACGUGGGAAGUCAAGGACGGCGAUCAGAUCCAGCAUUCGUCGAAGAGGUUUACCGGCCUUAUCCAGACGCACCACAGGAACCUUUUUUCCCCACGUGGAUGAAGGUGCUGUCUUUAUCUUCUCACUAUACUUGGACUGACCAAAAUGAUUUGCUGUACAACGAGGCUGCACCCAACGGUUUCUACAUAAUACCCUACAACGAUAUUGUCGUAUCCCCAGGCAUAAUGCAGAGUCCAUUCUUGUAUUUGGACGGGCCAAUCGCCCUCAAUUACGGUGGGCUUGGAAUGCUGUCCUUGAGCGGCCAGCACGAAACCUUGAACGACACGGUGGACUCGGAGAAUCUGGCCGACCUUGUGGGGACCAUGGUCGCGUAUGCUGCCUACUCGUCGUUGCCCCAAAAAUACAAGGACAUAAAAUUAGUCAACCUCGACAUAUUAACAGAACGCUUGUUCUUCAUCAACCAUUGUGUGAAAUG